AUGGCGGCACGAUCACAGUCAAGACCCAUCUCAAUCCCCACAUCGUCGCAUCCAACUUCUUCUUCUCCGAGAUCUCACUUUCGUUGCCGCUCCGAUGCAGGCUCUCAUCUCUCGCCGAGCAAUCAGUUUCCUACCAACAGCACCACUUUCCCCUUCUCUGCUGCCAAAGACCCCUCGGCAGCGUUUCAGCUUAACCAAAGACUAGCGAGCUUCACAGCACAAGAUGUCCUCUCUUGCAGCUCCAGCGCCCCUUCAAGCCUAGUUGUUUUCCCCGAGAAUGUCAGCAUCGAGUCAGCUGGCCAACGUCUUGCUGAGUCAGAUGACGCCGACACAUGGAUCAUCCUGAAGCGCAACAAUGCUGACACUGAAACAGCUACGGCCACCACAUCAAAGCUCAGCAAGUCAGACUGUGUUGGUUUGCUCGGGCUCCAAGACCUCGCUGCAUUCUUUGCUGCUGUCUUCGCUCCACAAGCAUCAAAGAGCACUCCCGUUUCACAGCUCACUGAUGCCCCUCACGAUCUUGCCUCGCCUCCUACGUCUCCUCAUACCGGCCCAUCUCUGUAUGGCUCGUUCAAGCAAGCCUCUACCAAACAAUCCGAAACCCGAGUUGAAGAUAUUCGCGCUCUACUCGAUGCAAAGACGCCCGUCACUGCGACACUGAUCUCCAAUCUCUCGGGCAAGAACACUCUGCGACAUGCAUCGCUACAUACCCCUCUUCAGAACAUCCUUUUCGACUUGAGCCAGGACCACAUUAGCUGCCUUGUCGUUUCCGAUCUCAGCAAUGAUCAAGACGGCGCAGUCUGUGGCAUUCUCACUGCUGCUGAUGUCGUCGCCUUCCUUGUCGCUGAGGCUGAGAGCGACUCAACACUGGUCACAGCUCUUUCGCACCCUCUCAAUGUCCUUUCAGGUACUGAUCUGCAACAGCCCGCUGCCCUCAUCUCUGGAGACAGGAGCACAGUUGACGCUCUGGUUCGCAUGCAGUCUGAACAACUUUCCCUCCUCGCUGUUAUGGAUCCCGUUGGAGGUCUCAUCUCGCCAAUCUCUUCUCGUGAGAUCUCACAAGAGAUUCUAAGGUCGUCUUCACGCAAAAUCCUCACCACACCUCUGGCAUCACUGGUCAAGAACCUCAGAUCGAGGCGUCCUCAAGGCACUGAUGGUAAGGAUGCGCACCCUGCCAUCUACAUCAGCAACGCCUCCACAGUGGGCAGAGCUGCUGCGCUAUUGCUUGCAACCGAAGCUGGAGGCCUCUUUGUGGCAGACGAGCCUCGCGUGAUGAUGACGCCGCCUCUGUCUGGCGUUUCUGCAUCUCCAAGCAAAGAGCUUCCCUCCUUGUCGCUCGAUGCAGACAUGAUGCCGCUCAGCAGGUCGGUGAGCUUCACACCAGCACCAGCUCAGAAGCAUCGUCGAGCUUCCACACAAUUCUGGACGGCGCCUCGAUCUUCCUUCAGCGCUGCCUCGAAUGAAGCUGGACGACCUGCUCUGCCCAACUUUGCGCUCGGUGGUAGCACUGACGCACCCAGAGAGCGCAAAGCGAGCAGCAAACCCGAGCCAACUCUCUCCUCUUCUGUCAGCUCUCUGCCCGGCAGCAAGAAUGCUGCUGCUGCUACCAUGUCUGCUCAUUUGCGAACACCCUCUGGAGCCCGAACCCAUCGUCCGCGAUCCCUUUCACUUGCCCACUUCUCCAUGGAGGAGUCUGCUGGCAUGUCUAGGCAGCUGGGAGCGCAGGCCGCUUUCCGAAGCCAAGGCGCUUGGACUCCUGGCUCGAGUGCUUCGUCAGCAGGUUCGCCUUCGUCUCCCUUUGCCAACAUGCUCGUCUCUGGCUUCUUUGGUGAGGUCAUGCAGAACGGCAUGCCUAGACAUGUGGUGACGAUGAAGACUGUCUUGCGUUCCCUGCUGGCCGCUACAGCAGCUGCGAACGAGGGAGCGAUUGAGGCUUGA